UCAUAAUUUUUGUGGGCUUUACAUACAACUAUACAAGAGAUCUGUUAUAAAAUUGUUUCCUUAAUGAAAUUUCUCAGCAAUUACCAUUUCUUUGACCCAGCAAGAUUUUCCUAAAUGCAAAGUCUCUUCAUCUUCAUAAGAAACACCCACAAAAGUUUUAAAUGCCACCAAACUUUGUAUUCACACCUCUGUCAGAUUGCACCUAUAUAUACACCAAACAAAUCAUAAGAUCUAUGAACACACAUUCACACAAACCAUACAUUUUAAUUCACCAUGGAAGGGUUGGCUUCACUUUCAGUGAAAUCUGUGAUUCCCAGUACUAGUUAUUUCAGCAUUCCCAGAAUCAAAGAGUAUCUUGUUGAUAUAGAGAAGAGAGAGGUCAAAGAAGGAGACGACCGUCACUUUCAGGACAAAAAACAAACUCUGCUUCUUAAACUCAUAGAACCCGAAUCAAGAAAACAGAUUUCAAUAGUGGCACACGUUCAUGUUAAUAACAUCAUCAAGGAAAUGCGCAAAUUCUAUGAUCUUAUCAACCUCAACAAUCUUCGUGGAAUAAAACCACUCAAGAUUUCUGUUUUAAUUUCUGCUGAAUCAAGUAACAUCGUGAGAUCAAUAAAAGCCAUGCUUGCUCCAACUCCACCUCCUCCUACAUUUCCAGCCCUGACAAAUAUUACUAUAAACGAUCCGGCAAAACAGAGUUCAAAGGCGGCGGAGGGUUCCGGGAGGGGUUUCCGUUGGCCCCCUCCCGGCGAAGCAAAAUGCCGGGACGCCGCCGUGAACUUCAAACAGGAAAAUCCGAUCCUAAUCAUGGCGAUGCUGACGGCGGCCGCGACGUUCUUCGCCGCGUGCUCCUUCGCCGGCGUGGUUUCCCAGGACAGUGAGACGGCGAGGGAUUAUUACUCGAGCCUCGCCGGCCCCUUCGUGGUGUUAAAUUCCACCGGAUUCAUAGCUUCCGUGGCGGUUAUCAUGUCGGUGCUGCAUCAUUUGCCGCUGAAACCGUGGCCGCAGAUAUCGGUGUGUUCUUGGUUCGGAUCGUACAUGUGUUUGAUGAUGAAACUGUCGCCGCAUGAAGCUCUGCUUCUGCUCUGUGUCUCUGUUCCGCUUCUUGUGCUUGCCGCCAUGGGAAAGUUCAUCAGAAUCUUACAAUGAAGUUGGUCCAUAUAAAUUAUCGUUGCAUAAUGGUAAUGUUUGCCUUUAAAAAAAAAAAGUAAUAAUAUUUACUAUUAAAAAAUGUUUAGUAACAUAUUUUGAUUUCAUUAAAAGGAAACAAAAAAAAAAUUGUAUGUUUCCUCUCAUUAAAACUACAAAUCAAUUGGGAAUCAUUGUCAAAUAGGUAAAGUAUUGUUUGUGUGUAAUUGAGUCAUUGAAUUUAAAAAGUAUGCAAUCAAAUCAUUAAGAAAGCAAAAUAUGUAUAAUUGGAAAGUUUUAUGAUUUUUUUUUUAAAUGUAAUUUAAGUUGAAAA